GGGGUGGGGCGGCCUCGCCUCGGGCCGGUGCUUUUCGCCCUCCGUCGGCCGCCAGAGGCUCCCUCUCCCUCUCCCGGGAUUUCGCUGCUGGGCUCCCUCUCUCCGCCGCCCUAGAGUUAAUCCCAUCGGCCGAGGGCGCUGUCUCCCCGUGCCGCAGCCCAUGUGUUGGACUUCAGGUGCUCCUGGCACAAAGCUAGACUGCGACCUCCUUCCUAGCGCUUGGCGUCACCUGCUCUCCUGGCCCUGCCCCGCGGCCGAGGCACUGCUCCCGAACCCGGCUCGCGAACCAGCCGCCUCUCAAAUGAACUUCUAGUCUUGCUUUGAAAAAGCCACUUUGUAUAACUCUUGACUGUGAAUUGUUUCCUCACACACCUUUUGGGAGGAUCUCUGACAGAGUAUGCCAUUUGAGAGGGCCUUCUGGUGACCAAAUACUUACUGGUGACCAGCGAAGAGAAGUGUUUUCAUUUUUGUGUUUUUGUUUCCCGACCAUUAUGAACAUUGACUCUUCACCCUUGAAGUAAACAUGUUGAAAGCUGAAUCUUCAGGUGAGCGAAGCACUCUCAGAAGUGCCUCUCCUCACAGGAAUGCAUAUAGAACUGAGUUCCAGGCACUGAAAAGUACUUUUGACAAACCCAAGUCAGAUGGGGAGCAAAAAGCAAAAGAAGGUGAGGGCUCCCAGCAAAGCAGGGGCAGGAAAUAUGGCUCCAAUGUCAAUAGAAUUAAAAAUCUGUUUAUGCAGAUGGGCAUGGAACCCAAUGAGAAUGCUGCGGUCAUUGCCAAAACCAGGGGGAAAGGUAGAUCUUCAUCCCCUCAGAGAAGGAUGAAACCUAAAGAAUUUCUGGAGAAAACAGAUGGCUCUGUGGUUAAGCUCGAGUCCUCUGUCUCUGAACGAAUCAGUAGAUUUGACACAAUGUAUGAUGGCCCCUCCUAUUCCAAGUUCACAGAAACUCGAAAGAUGUUUGAGAGAAGUGUGCAUGAGUCAGGACAAAACCACCGAUAUUCCCCAAAGAAAGAGAAGAGCGGAGGGAGCGAGCCACAGGAAGAGUGGGGCGGGUCCAAAUCCAAUCGAGGCAGUACAGACUCCUUGGACAGCCUUAGCUCUCGCACUGAUGCUGUCUCCCCAACUGUGAGUCAACUGAGUGCAGUAUUUGAGAACACUGAGUCCCCCGGUGCCAUCGUUUCGGAGAAGGCAGAAAGCAGUGAGUACUCGGUAACUGGGCACUAUCCCCUGAAUUUGCCAUCUGUUACUGUUACAAAUCUCGAUACCUUUUGCCACCUUAAGGAUUCCGAUUCUUGGUCUCCUAACAACAAACAAGAAGUUGAUGCUGAGGAUGCUGAGAAGAGUAAUACAACUCCAGGAGCAGAAGUGACUCCUAAGAGUACCUCUCUAGCAUCCUCGUUGCCUAGUGAAGAGACGCAGCAGAGCAAGGAAGCCGAGGACUCCACAUCUAACCAAGAGACUCUGAACAUAAUUGACAAAGACAUUUCCGAAGAACCUUGUGCUGACACUGAGGAGGCAAUGCCAAGGUCUGCGAUCCUUUCACCGCAAAAUGAAUCCUCAGGCGUGGCUAGAGCUAAUUUGGUUGGGACUGAGGCAGCAAAACAACAGAGGAGAGAAGUUGCAUCUGGUGGUCUCACCUCUCCAGAUGCUGCGGCAUCCAGCUAUGGAAGAGAAGUCCCUGAAGACUUCGGUAAUUUUGAGAGCUCCCAUGUGUACAUGCAUAGUGACUAUAAUGUGUAUAGGGUAAGAUCCAGGUAUAAUUCAGACUGGGGAGAGACAGGCACUGAGCAGGAUGAGGAGGAAGAUAGUGAUGAGAACAACUACUAUCAGCCCGAAAUGGAAUACUCAGAGAUUGUUGGAUUGCCAGAAGAGGACGAAAUCCCAGCAAAUAGGAAGAUUAAGUUUAGUAGUGCUCCAAUUAAGGUUUUCAACACUUACUCCAAUGAAGACUAUGACAGGAGAAACGACGAAGUCGACCCGGUGGCCGCAUCUGCCGAGUACGAACUUGAGAAGCGCGUAGAGAAGCUGGAGCUUUUCCCAGUAGAGCUGGAGAAAGAUGAGGAUGGCCUUGGUAUAAGCAUUAUUGGAAUGGGUGUUGGAGCCGAUGCUGGGCUCGAGAAGCUGGGAAUAUUUGUCAAGACAGUAACAGAUGGUGGUGCUGCUCAGCGAGAUGGCAGAAUUCAGGUCAACGACCAGAUCGUGGAAGUGGAUGGAAUCAGCCUUGUGGGUGUCACACAGAAUUUUGCUGCAACUGUUUUGAGAAACACCAAGGGCAAUGUCAGAUUUGUCAUUGGGAGAGAAAAACCAGGACAAGUGAGUGAGGUUGCCCAACUGAUAAGUCAGACCCUGGAGCAAGAGAGACGCCAGAGAGAGUUGCUGGAGCAGCACUAUGCCCAGUAUGACGCGGAUGACGAUGAGGUAACCAUGGAGGAUUUCAAUAAACCACUCAGACAGUCAACACUAUGCCAUGAAAUUAUGGGGAGCACUGAGGCUGAAUUGCAAGAAGUAUGUGGCAACUGCAAUAACAAUAACAACAGUUUCCUUAAGACAGGAGAAUAUGCCACAGAUGAAGAAGAGGAUGAGGUGGGACCUGUUCUUCCUGAUGGUGACAUGGCCAUUGAAGUCUUCGAGCUGCCUGAGAAUGAAGACAUGUUUUCUCCAUCAGACCUGGACACAAGCAAGCUCAGUCACAAGUUUAAAGAGUUGCAAAUCAAACAUGCAGUUACAGAAGCAGAGAUUCAAAAAUUGAAGACCAAGCUCCAAGCAGCAGAAAACGAGAAAGUGAGGUGGGAACUAGAAAAAACCCAACUCCAGCAGAACAUAGAAGAGAACAAAGAAAGAAUGUUAAAAUUGGAGAGCUACUGGAUCGAGGCUCAAACUUUGUGUCACACAGUCAAUGAACAUCUCAAAGAGACACAAAGCCAGUAUCAGGCCUUGGAAAAGAAGUACAACAAGGCAAAGAAAUUGAUCAAAGAUUUUCAACAAAAAGAGCUUGAUUUCAUCAAAAGACAGGAGGUAGAAAGAAAGAAAAUAGAAGAUUUGGAAAAAGCACAUCUUGUGGAGGUUCAGGGCCUCCAAGUGCGGAUAAGAGAUUUGGAAGCUGACGUGUUCAGGCUGCUGAAGCAAAAUGGAACUCAAGUUAACAAUAACAACAAUAUCUUUGAGAGAAGAACAUCUCUUGGUGAAGUCUCUAAAGGAGACACCAUGGAGAACUUGGACAUCAAGCAGACAUCUUGUCAGGAUGGCCUGAGUCAAGACUUGAAUGAAGCAGUUCCAGAGACCGAGCGUCUGGAUUCCAAAGCACUGAAAACUCGUGCCCAGCUCUCCGUGAAGAACAGGCGCCAGCGGCCCACGAGGACAAGGCUGUAUGACAGUGUCAGCUCUACAGAUGGAGAGGACAGUCUCGAGCGCAAGCCUGCAGACAGUCUCUGUAACCACACGCAUGUUACCAAAUCAUCCCCACCCGAGGGGCUGAGAACUUCUCCAGAAUCAGGUUCUGGUAUUCCACCCCUCGCCCCAGUGGCUAGCCCCACGCCCUUCUCGGCUGACCACAUAGCCGAGUUCCAGGAAGGACCUCCGAACCCGGAAGGGGAGCCUUUGUCCUCUGUCUGGGGAGACCCUUCACUCUCUUCUCCUUCAAAUGGUGACCGCGAUAUAGAUGACUGCCCUUGCCUCCAUCAGGCCACCACUGAGAAAAUAUCACAAGAAAAAGAUGAUGCCAAAUGUCCCAAAUCACUAAGGGCAUCUAGCUCAUUGGUGGUGCAAGGAGGGAAAAUUAAGCGGAAGUUCGUGGAUCUGGGGGCACCUUUGCGAAGGAAUUCCAGCAAGGGAAAGAAAUGGAAAGAAAAAGAAGCCAAUAGGUUUUCUUCUGGUAGCAGGCUCUUCCGAGGCCGACUGGAAAACUGGAAGCCCAAGCCACACUCAGCAGCACAGGGGACCACCCAUUCCCCUUGCAUGCCUUUCUCAUGGUUUAAUGAAAGCCGGAAAGGAUCCUAUUCCUUCAGGAACCCGCCUUCACCUACAAGUCCCUUUCAGCCUUCUCCUGAGACUCUAAUUUCAGAUAAAACCAGGUCCAAGAAUUUUACUUUCAAUGAUGACUUCAGCCCCAGCAGCACCAGUUCAGCAGACCUGAGCGGCUUAGGAGCAGAAACCAAAACACCAGGGCUAUCUCAGUCCUUGGUGCUGUCAUCAGAUGAGAGCCUGGAUAUGAUAGAUGACGAGAUCCUUGAUGAUGGACAGUCUCCCAAACACAGUCAGUAUCAGAGUCGGGCCGUUCAUGAAUGGAGUGUGCAGCAGGUUUCUCACUGGUUAAUGAGCCUAAAUCUGGAGCAGUAUGUAUCUGAAUUCAGUGCCCAAAACAUCACUGGAGAGCAGCUCCUGCAGUUGGAUGGAAAUAAACUUAAGGCUCUUGGAAUAGUGUCAUCCCAGGAUAGAGCAGUGGUCAAAAAAAAACUGAAGGAAAUGAAGAUGUCUCUGGAGAAAGCUCGGAAGGCCCAAGAGAAAAUGGAAAAACAAAGAGAAAAGCUAAGGAGGAAGGAACAGGAGCAAAUGCAGAGGAAGUCCAGAAAGGCGGAGAAGAUGACGUCAACUGCAGCGGAGGGCGCUGGUGAGCUGUAAAGUUCCACCUCUUCCUGCCUGCCCCACUCUACAGGAUGAAGAAGAGACUGAUGCUGGGGGCAAUGCUACUCGAGGCAGACUGAGGAAAUGUGUGCUGAAGGACUGCAUUUUCUACAGUAAUGAAAUGGAGUACUCCUAAAUUUAUCCUCCUGAAAUAACCCCAAGCCACCAUUGGUCCAUUAGCAAAUCAGAGCUCUCAUUUGUGAGAGAUACAAAGUUGCUGAUUCUCUCUCUUUUCCUACUUACCAACAUCCUAUGUUGUACCACUUGGAGAACCUGCCAGUUGGAGCACAGCACCUCCUGGUGUUGCCGGUGGAGCACCUAGAACUCUCAGGGUAGGAUCCUCAAUCUGGACAGCUGUCAUGGGCUGGGGAUCUGGACUGCUCCCAGGGCUGCAGGAUCCAGGCCAGGUGUGAGAAAGGCUCCCUCCCAAUUCUUGGUCUGAACAGUGUGCUAAUCCGCUGUGGAAAUGUGGUUGUGCUGCCAAAAAUAAUUCCCCACAGGGGUAAAAAGCACUCACACUGUUCUGUUUGCUGGGCAUCAGAAAGAGAGAGAACAAAUUAGAGUUAUUUAACUUUACAAGAAAACAAAAGCCUUAAGAGUGUGUAUGUGGUAAUCCUGUGGGCUUCUGAGGGUAACAUUUAUCCUCUGGAUGUUGCUAAAUAAAGAGAAGUCAGACCUUAAUGCAGCCAUGGGAGGCUGGGACAUGUUGUUUGCUUUGCUACUGCUGAGUGUUCAGUAUUUUAGCAACACUGGCAAACACAGUACAGUUCUUCUUCUCCUCCAAUACACUGAACAGGAAAUUGAUUUUUAAGGAAACCAACAUUUUUAGGUUCCUUCUUCUGGGGAGCAUUCCAGCUGGUCCUUAGCCUGCCUAUGACACAACCAGGAACUUGUCACUUAUUUUCUACUCAGAAUUUCCCAAAUGGGCUCAGUGUUUUAACAGAUGUACUUUUAAGAAAAAUUAAAGAACCAGUUAGAGAAAAUUUAGAUUUGAGUAAUGUUCACAUAGAACCAUGCAGAAUGUUACUACAAAAGACAGCUAUCAGUUACAUUUAAAGAUACUUUGAAUGGUUUCUCUGAGCCAUUCUUUUCCAUUUCCUAGAGAUUUCCGCUUAACAGUUUGUUUAAGCAGUAUACAGUAUAUAUUAUAGCAGUGGGAGAACUUACGCUUAUUUUAAAGCCAGUAAAGAUUUUGGUAUUUGACCAAACUGAAUCAAAUGCAGGAGACUGGGGCAGAAGGCAGAGAAAAAACUCAUCUUGAGAAAUUUCACAUUAUGAGGGCUUUUCUUAAUGUCUUUUGUUUUGUUUCUUAUGCUUACUCUCAUAGUCUUUGCUGCACAAGCUCCAAAAAUGAGGUUAUCACUUUCCAGUGGACAAGUUUCAAAGUAAGACCGGAGGCCAUAAGAGCUCUCGAUCAGGUGUCUCCCUUCCUGUGCGACAGGAGCUCCUGGCUUUGCUCAGAGCACUGUGCACUUUGCCACUGUAAGUGUUCCGCACGCAGAGCCUGGCAGAUGGCUCUUGCAGCCUGCGUGUAACAGAGAAUGUAAAGAGAGCUUCCCCAGGUAUCCCCAUUUCUCAUGUUUAUUAAAGUAAUAAACAUUGUGAAUAAUUAUUUUUUUAAUAUCUGAGUUCUGGAAUUGUCUAAGCUAGAAUUCUUUAAUAAUUCUGUUCUUUCCCCAAAGUCUGUCUCCAUUUAUGACAGAAAAUUGUCUGUUAAGCUUCAGUCCUUUUGUCACUAGGUAGGACUGUUCAUUUGGUCUCAAAAAUGUUGACAUAAAGUAGCACUGUGUUUGCGAGGACCAGGUCACUAUUACAUUUUUCCAUCUGUCUUCAUUUGGGCAUCAUAUUGAAACUGCCACACCAGAUAUCUGUUAAUGUAUUGAGAUAAUCUGGUGCUUUGCUAUUUGUUAACAUCACAAGAAACCAGGAGCCGCUAUUAAUGAACUGCAAAAGUCAGUUAGUCUUUCCUAAUAUUAGAAGACUUAAUUAGAAAAUAUCUGGUAAUGUUAGUGCUUGCUAUUGUAAAAUUUUGCCAUUUUUGUUUCUCUUUGGGAAAAAAGUAACCCAUACCACACUGGAACUUUCACUGUAUUGAUUUAAGAGUGAAAACAGAAGGAUAAUCAUUUUAUGUUUACACUUUGGUUAUAUUUGAAAAUGAGUGUAUAUAUUGGAAAUGUCGAUAAGUGUGUCUCUGUCCAUAAUUUAUGAUCUAUUGUAUUUUCUUAAAUGUCAUAGUAGUAUUGUUCCUUAUUAUAACUUUGUUUGUACACUUCAUUGUUCAGAUUAAUAUCCAACAGAUAGUUAAAAAUCAAAUUCUUAUCUCUGAAAUCAUUAGUUUGUAUUGUAACCACCUUGAUUUUAAUUAAAUUAAAGCAAUUUUAAAUAUAAAUGAAUUCAUUUAACCUUAUACUUAAAACUGAUAAAAUUGCAAAGGCACUUGAUUUGAUUGCCCAACAAAGGACAACAUGUAAACUGAUUGUUACAAAGUGAAGGACCUCAGAUCUUGUGAGCAUUUUGUUUUCUUAUUUCUUUUAGGGAUUUUAAUGCAUGAUAACUAAUUAAGGUUUUAGUGUCUUGCACAGCUCCUACUUUAAUGCUUGUAUUUUUCAGUGUCCCUAUAAUUUGACACAGUAUUGUUGCUUCAUGAACCUUAAAGACUUUGCAUUUUUUAUUAUCAAAAAAUGAACAAGGGAAAAUGUAAUUACUUUGAAGUAUAUUCUAGUUUAAAAAAAAAAAAAAAAAAAACAGCUCAGCAUGGCUCUGGCAAUAGCCAGAAGUGUUUUGGGGUGUAUGGGUCAUGCUGUGGAGGGAAGGGUGUGUGAUGGGCUGAACUGUAGACGGCACUGUAGGAGUGCUGUGUGGUCAGGUUUCCAGGGGGUGCUGAACAGAAGCAUUCCUUUGUGUUCACUUAGGGCAGAAAACCCACAUCAUCCAUUUCAGUCCUCUGAGGAAGUCUGCCUGUGCUCCAUGACAAGAGAGCUGCUCUGUGGUUGUCAUCCUUCAGCUGGGACCCAUGUGGGUUUCUCACCCCCACAGUCACUCAACCUUCAAACCCCACCAGUUCACAGCUGCGGUCUGAUAGGUACUAGUGCCAAACAUAGCUUUCAGCUGGCACACAGUGGGGACUUCUGUCCUGUGUGCUUUUGCUGUUGGGAACAAAAUGGAAAGAAGGACACGUUAGUCCCACCCACUGCCUGUGACCCACGGUCAUUCAACUAGAAAUCCUAAAAUAUUCCAGACUACAAGAAUGUCCACAAAGUGUUUGAUUAAGAAACAUAGGUUUUAGGAUUUUUCUGAAGAAAAAGGAACCUCAUGAGUGCUUUUUGUGCAUUAAAAUUAACAUUCUUGAAAGUUCUAGGGAAGUAAAUAAAAAUUGUAUUUAUGCAGAUUGUAAAUCAUUUAUAACCACAAAAGGUUAGAAUAGACUCAGCUUCCAAGAACAGUAUUAACCAAUGUGUUUAAGAAUAUUCUGGAGGACAGAGUUCCAGCAUGUCCAAAAGAAACUUCUGUACUUUGGAAAUGUUAUAGCCAUUUCAUUACACAGAGAUAUUUAAGAAUUACCAAAUUCCACCUAGUAACUCUAGGUGCUCCAGCGGAGCUAGAGUUCAGGGGCACAUCACUUUGGUGAAUAGCAGUCACUAAUGUUUGUGUCACCUACUUUUAACUGGAAAUGAAAAUCCCACCCUUUGCAUAUUUUCUAAUUUGCUUUUAACCAAGGACAAUUCUAAGCUAUUUAAGGAUGAGGUAUGGAAGUAAUAUGUUUAUAUUUUCCACCGAAAUUGCUCUCAUGGUAAUUGGGCAGGGGAGGGUACAUUCACUAAAGAAAGCAGUAUUAUAGGAAUCUACAUGUGCUUCAGACAUGUACUCCUGAGAACCACCUAGGUAUGUUGGCUGGUUUUGUUUGCAUUUGUUUUGACUAUUUUAAAGUCUCAAGAAAUACAGCCUUGAUCCAAAACACUGGGGGGAAAAUCAAAACACAUUUUAAUAACUUGAAGUAGCAGCUCAGAAUAAGCCCAACUGAGAAGCUAGAGGGAAGAGAAACCAUCUACAGAACAAAUUUCUCCUGGAAAAUGAAAGUAUUUAUGGUGAAUGGAAGGUCCUUCCAUGCUCGCCCAUGAGUGUCUGUGGGUUUGUUGAACAAAUGAUUCAUACUUGAAAGUUCACAUAUGCAGCACAUGGACCAAGCUCAUGACCCACAUUCUCAGGGGAAGGCAUGAAACACACAUGAUGAUUUUCAGUCCUUGGCCCUAGCCCCAAAACCACUUGGGAUUCAGUAGUGAGAAUUAGGUAAGGAAUAAGAGAACAACAGAUAAUUUCUCAACAUGCAUGCCAUUUGUGUAGAUGUUCAGAACUACAUCUGUGUGAAUAUAUUUCCCACACUACAUGUGUGCAUCACAAUCCCAUGGCAUAAAAAUACGGAAUAUGGAGCCUGGUAAUGUCAGUUACCUGACCCUGAGCUGUAAUCAUAGCCUUAUUGCCACUUUUUUUGUGAUGUCUGUACAUUGAAUAGCCCAUUGAUUUUAAGAUUUUUUAAUUGUAAGUAUUCUUACUAAAUGCUCUUAUCCUUCUACAUGUUUAAAUAUUUUGGUAAAAUCAAUUUAUUAGGUAGUUGGUAUUUUAGUAAGAUAAAACUUCCUCAAGUGUUGGUUAAUGCUUUCAUGUCAAGAUUGCACAUUUUUGAGUUAGAACUCAGAAGAUAUUUAUGCAGCUUGGGCAUUUUCAACUGUGGACUGCAGUUUUCUUGGCUAAAAAUUGCACUGUGUGUUCUUAUGCAUUGACUUCUAAGAUGACAUCAGUAGUUGUGAUGCUAAAGUCACUACUGCCUCUGAUGGCAAUGUAGCCAUCAUGUGACCGUUUAUUUACUUAUUGUGCCAAAUAAUGGCAUUUUGGUCAUCUUAUGCUAAGUGAUGGCAUUUUGGUUGUCACCAAAAACAAAGCAAAUGUUUGUAAGUGUAUGUUGUUGGAAGGUGUACACUUCUGUUUCGUUCAGCUCUUUUAUCCACACACCUAGGUUUUCUGUUCAGGAUUUAAUCAUUCAUUCAUGAAAGAAUAAUUGGCCAGAAUAGGUUACCUGAAAAUAGCAAGAAGAGGCACUCGGGCUGGAUAACACCUCCCAACAACAUCGAAUUUAGUUAGUGCUAAGUGAAAUUCCUUAAAUGUAUAUGCAUUUGCUUUCCUCAAUAUUAUUUAAUGUCAGAACUACUGCUUUCAUAUUUUUAAUGAUGUUGCAAUUAAACCACUGGUACACUUGCUACAUAUUAUUAAAAAAAAAACUGGGCAGCUGAAAAAUAAAGGAGACUAAAUUCUGUUCUGUAAGUAUUUGUUUUACUUUCGUCUUUCUUUAUUACUAAAGAAAAAGAAUUGUUUAAGAUAAAUUUGAGUCCAAAAAGUACAGGUAGCAUGUUACCUGAAAUUUUUAAUUUGUAUAUUUUGAUCUCUGAUCAUUUGCAUGGAAGAGAAAAUAGUGCAGCGUCUGAAUUGUUCUCUUGUGCUUGGUUAAUAUGUACUGUUUCAAAUGACAUUUCUUACGCUUUGGUUUUCAGAGAUAUUUAAAGCAAAAUAUAACAGUGGUCCUUUGUUUUCUGACCAAUCUAAAAAUACCUGUGAUUAAAUUUGAUUUGUUAAUGUAAAUAAAAUUCUUGCCGAUGAGUAUUAUUGUUGUUAGACAACGAAUGCAAUAAAAAGACAUAUGGA